AGAACGCUGGGAAUAAGAAGAAAACAUCCUCCUUUUUUCAUGCCGCCUGCCGCGUUGCCACCACUAUGUCAGCCUUCAUCUCAAUGGUAAAGCUACUAACCAUGAUAAACUUUGGGUAUGUGUCUGGAGCCGCCAUAACCAUGGAAACAGGGGUGAGUACACUCGCUGCUGGGACAAGCGAAAAGAUACAUGCACACACUCCCGUGCCGGAGAUGAGAAGAGACUCUCAACGUCAACUGAGGACUGGUGAUCACCAGGAUCCAUAUAAACUCAUCUAUGGACAUGAUGUUACAGCCCAUAAUACAUUGACUGAUGAUGUUAAAAUCAUAGAUGAACUCAGCACUCAUGAUAAAGUAAGUAGACAAGUCAAAGAUAGUAAAGGUUCCAGCAGAAGUAUGAUGUUCAUCAAUGACCUCUGGGCUGAAUCAAAUCUCAUUGAUGAAAAUUCCCUCAAAACUCUGCGAGGAGAUGACAAGACGGGUGAUGUAAAACUCAAUACAGAGUUAACCGCUAAUGAAUAUGAUGCAGAGGACCACAAUGACUUGGAGAUGGAUUUAUCAUUGAAGUCUGCUCAGCUUGAGACUAAAAUCACUAAAAUCACCAGUACGACAGAGUCCGGUGGGAAAAGCCAUGUUGGCUUUACAAGGAGUAGUAAUUAUAUUGAAAGUAGCAGUUUUGAAUCCACUGAUGUGCAUCAUGUUGAGAUAAACAAUAUAGAAUCUGCUGGCCAUGUUGGAGGUGACAGUGUUGAAUCUUCAGACCAUGGUGGAGGUGACAGUGUGGAAUCUUUGGACCCUGUUGGAGGUGACAGUGUUGAAUCUUUGGACCAUGGUGGAGGUGACAGUGUUGAAUUUGACAAUCAUGCAAGAGAUGACAGUGUUAAAUAUGCUGGCCAUGGUGAAGGUGAUAGUGUUGAAUCUUUGGACAAUGAUGGAGGUGACAGUGUUGAAUCUUCGGAUCAUGGUGGGAGUGACAGUGUUGAAUCUUCGGAAAAUGCUGAAGUUAACAGUGUUGAAUUUGAUCAUCAUGCGCAAAGUGACAGUGUUGAAUCAGCUGCUGAGUCUGAGGGGCCAGUGGUGCGGGUGCAUGGGGGCAUGGUGCGUGGCCUCACGCUGGACAAAGCUCACGUCUUCUACGGAAUCCCAUACGCCGCCCCGCCAGUGGGGCAACGACGCUGGGAACCACCUCACCCCGUAUUGCCAUGGUUACAGACAUACAACGCCACCUACCCUCGGCCGGCGUGCAUGCAGGCCUGUGCCGGAGAGUUCUCUCAGAUCUGUCCACCAAAGGUCAGUGAAGACUGCCUGUACCUGAAUGUGUUUGUUCCUCGGGCUGUGAACUUGUCACUGCCGACGGAAACACAGCGGCCAGUUCUGGUGUGGAUCCACGGAGGCGACUUCAUUGCAGGCUCCGCCUCCCGACCACUCUAUGACGGACGCUUCAUGAGUAACUAUAGCAACACAGUGGUGGUCAAUGUGGAGUAUCGCUUGGGUGCGUUUGGGUUUCUGGUCACAGGCAAAGACCCAGUGCACUCUGCUGUGGGGAAUUAUGGGAUGUUGGACCAGCAGGCAGCCCUGGUGUGGGUUAAAAACAACAUUCGAGUUUUUGCAGGAGAUCCAAAGAGGGUGACUUUAGUUGGUGAGAGUGCGGGCGCACAGUCUGUUGCCCUCCAUCUGAUGAUGAGGAGCAGUGAGUUUCUCUUCAGCCAAGCUGCCAUCCAGAGCUUGCCAUUCUCCAUACCACUCAAAACUAGGUGGGAUGCCAGGAGGCUGGGUCGAGACUUUGCUCGCAUGGCAAACUGCUCUGUGUCUGACCUGCUCUGCCUGAAGAGUCUCGGUGUGCACGAUGUGCUCCGAGCUCAGGUCAAAUCUGGAGCAAAGAUAGUGAACCCUUUCCGCUUUCUGGAGGUGUUUGAGACGUGGGGGCCAUACAUUGAUGAGGUGCUGAUUGAAGACCAGCCAAUCGCAGCCUUCCAGAAGGGCUACUGGCAGAGGGACAAGCCGGUCAUCAUUGGGACCACUUCAGAGGAGGGCGUGAUCUUUGUGUUUGGGGUCUUCACCAAGCCGGUGUCUGUGUUGGAGAGCAUGGCGUACGCCACCGCCAUCUUUAAACAGCACACUCUCACCGUCCUGCACAAGUACCUGCCCAUGUACCUCUACUCUGACCGCCGCACCAUGCUGUCUCAGAUCGUGACGGACUUUGUCUUCAUGUGUCCGUCGCGCCACUCGGCGCGGUCAGGGGUAUCACUGGGCGGAUCCAUGUGGAUGUACGUGUUCGACUACACCCUAUCAGACCCGCGCGCGUGGGCGGGCCUACCGUUCUGCUUGGGCCACGCCUGUCACGGGGCAGAGCUGCCCUUCCUGUUCGACUCCGGCCCUGUGGCCAACCUGACGUUCAAGCCUCCCGAGGCGCUGCUGGCCAAUCGAAUGCUGUGUUACUGGGGGGCCUUUGCCCACUGUGGCGAUCCCAACUCACGCAGACACCAGAGCUCAUUCUGCAGGGACCAGAGACUUCCUGUGUGGCCCAAGUACACCUUUGACAAUGGCUGGCCCAUUCUGAACCUCACUGUCCCAACCCACGCCCAACAUGGGGCCAGAGACCACAUCUGUGACUUCUGGGACAAUCUGGACAUUUACUAG